AUGGCUCCGAAGAGAGGAAGAGGAAGAGGAGGAAGAGGAAGGGCUCCGAAGGUUUCCCCAAAUCGACCUGUCGCCAAUCGACCCACUGCUUCUGGGACGUCAAAUCGAAGACCCAGUACUCUUCCUAGCCAGUAUACCUUCACUCCGGCGAAUCCUGAAGCCCCAGAGACUCAGCAAAGUCCGGUAAAUCCUGUAGCCCUAGAGUCUCAGCCUCCGACUCAUAGAGACUAUCCUCCUCCGACGCAGCUGUUCCAGUCCGGCGAUGAUUCUCCUCGAGGACGAGGCUCUGUAGGAUCUAUUCAUCGUCUAGCUUCUCGGUCGAAUCAACCUCCUGCGCCGGUUCAACCUCCUGCGCCGGUUCAACCUCCAGCGUCGACUCAGCCUGCAGCGUCAAAUCGACAAAUACCAUCUCGUCAACAAAGACCUUCUCCUCAACCUCGAGCCUCUGUAUCGCAUCAUAGUUCUCAGGCUCAAAACUCACACGAGGAAUCUGAAGAUGAGGAAGCUGAAGGUGAAUCUGAAGAAGAUGUGUUGAGGGAUUCAACACUCCCAGAAGAUGUCCUCGCAGAUUUACAUGCUACACUUCUCAUCCCAGGCCGUGAGAAGUACACCACCGUCAUCUCUCCCAACCUCGAGCCUGAAACCACUUGGUUUGGUAAGGACAAUGGAAAGCUAACCCGGAAGAUCACUAAAUGUUUCACAAACAAGUUUGAUGGGCCAUAUUACAAUUGGAGCUGUGUUCCUACUGGUAGAAGAGAAAGAUACUUCCUCGAAUUCGCGAAACUACACACCUGGCAUCCCUCAGUGACAGGUGUUGUUGAAGCUAAAUUCUACAAGAUUUGUCAGGUGCGGAUGAAAGACAUGGUUAGCAAGGCAUGUUCAAAACGAGAGAGGCCAAAUUGGAUCGAGAAAACACUUUGGAUAGAGAUGUGUGCCUAUUGGGACACUGAAGAAGCAUUAGCAAAGAGUUCAACCACAUCAGCAGCUAGGAUGUCUGACCGUAAUGGUCUUGGUCCUCACAAGCAUGUUGCUGGUCCAAAGUCGUUUUUACAAAUAGAGCAAGAGAUGGAAGUUGAAUUGGGAAGACCUCCUACUAUUGGUGAAGUUUUCAUCAGGACUCAUACCAAGAAGGAUGGGACUUUUGUGGAUAGGAAGGCGCAGGAAGUCCAUGAAACAUAUCUCAAGAACAAGGCAGCUAAGUUGGCUGCCCUUCAAGAGAAUGAUGAACAAGCAGAUGGGACUUCGCGACGAUCUGAGCUAUCUCAAGAGGAGGAUGAUGAGAUCUUCCUUCAGUCUACUAUCACAAACGACAGAGGAGAAUACUUUGGUGUUGGCAGCCUCGGGGUUUACAUCAACGGGAAGCGCAAGUACCCAGGAAGCAGUUCUUCUUUCACAACACUCCAAUCACAGCUUGAGGAUGCUAACCGGAAGAUUGAGGAACAAGCAGCGCUCCAAGCAGAACGUGAAGCAGAGGCUUUGCGGGUCGCAGCUGAGCAAGCAGCUGAGAUCAAGCAUUUGGCGAUGGUGAAGAAGUAUUUGAGCGAGACUGACCCAAAGUUUAUGGCCUUCCUCAAGUCUCAAUCUGCUGCCACUGAUACUACUACUGCUGCCACGACUGCUGCCACUGCUGCUGCCACUGCUGCUGCCACGACUGCUGCCACUGCUGCUGCCACGACUGCUGCUACUACUGCUACUAUUCCUACUGCUCAACAACCAUAGGUCCCUCCUUCUCUAAACUUUCCCUCCUUCUCUGAA